AUGGUUUUCUUUGUGGUCCAUGCCACUCAAACCGAUUCGGAUUCUGAUGGGAUCUUCUACAGUGGGAUCGCCGACGAGUUUCUCCUUCACCUGAAGGAGAUGAAGGCUCUUAUGCCUGCGGCGGCGGCUCCGGCAAAACCAAGAACAGAUCUGGCCGGAAACAAGUGUUCCCCAACGGGCCUGGAUAUGUUUUGGCCCAACAGGCCAGGCCAACAUCCAAGUCGCAGGAAUUUAAGGGCUGUGUUUAAUGCAAGAUUGAACAUGGGAAUUGAGGAAAUGGAGAGCAAGAAUAAGUACAGUAUAAUAGUUCCUACCUACAACGAGAGGCUGAACAUUGCUCUCAUUAUCUAUCUCAUCUUCAAACAUCUACCGAAUGUUGAUUUUGAAAUCAUAGUUGUUGACGAUGGAAGCCCAGAUGGUACUCAGGAUAUUGUAAAACAAUUGCAAUCUGUGUAUGGCGAAAAUCGUGUACUACUGAGGCCUCGACCCAAGAAACUUGGUUUAGGAACUGCCUAUAUCCAUGGUUUGAAGCAUGCCUCAGGCAAUUUUGUAGUUAUCAUGGAUGCUGAUUUGUCUCAUCAUCCAAAAUACCUGGCAAGCUUCAUCAAGAAACAGAUGGAAACAGGUGCAGAUAUUGUUACUGGAACUCGAUAUGUCAAAGGAGGUGGUGUGCAUGGAUGGAAUUUGAUGCGGAAGCUGACGAGUAGAGGAGCUAAUGUCCUUGCUCAAACAUUACUCUGGCCAGGUGUAUCAGACCUGACUGGAUCUUUCCGGCUAUAUAAGAAGUCUGUUCUUGAGGAUGUUAUAAGCUCAUGUGUGAGUAAAGGAUAUGUCUUUCAGAUGGAGAUGAUUGUUCGUGCUACUAGGAAAGGCUAUAAAAUCUCUGAGGUUCCAAUUACUUUUGUGGACAGAGUAUAUGGAACUUCCAAGCUGGGAGGAUCUGAAAUAGUGGAAUACUUGAAGGGCCUUUUUACACUUUCCAAUUUUGUGCACUUUCCUGACCUGCCGAAAACAUCUCCGGUCGACGACGCCAUGAAGGCCACGCCGUUAAAAUGCCUACUACUCUUAGCCAUUGUUUUAGCAGCAAAUUCCUCGCACGCCAUCAGAUUCUCAAGCCGGACUUCGGAUAAUCCGAUAAUAGCCAAUGAACAAUUACAGACAGCAAUUUUUGCUCUGGGAAGCUUCUGGAGAUCGGAGGCCGUCUUUGGCUGCUUGGACGGAGUUGUGCGGACGACCGCAGGCUAUGCCGGUGGAUCCAAGCCUAAUCCCGAAUACCGUAGCUUGGGCGAUCACGCUGAAUCUGUGCAGAUUGAAUAUGACCCAAGAAUGAUCACUUUCAAACAACUUCUGGAGGUCUUCUGGAGCAGUCAUGAUUCGAGGCAAGUGUUUGGGCAGGGUCCCGAUGUAGGUAAUCAGUACAGGUCUAUAAUUUUCACCAAUGGAACUGAAGAAUCAAGGUUGGCUGCCAUUAGUAAAGAAAGAGAGCAGACAAGGUCAAUGGGUGGCAUUGUAACCACUCAAAUUCAACCAUUAAGUUCAUUUUAUCCCGCUGAGCAUGAACACCAGAAGUUUGAGCUGAAACGGAAUCCAUUCCUUCUUCAGCUGAUUGGGAACUUGCCAGAGGAAGAGCUCCAGAGGUUAACGCUGGCAGCAAAGUUAAAUGGAUAUGCAGCAGAACUUUGUCCAACAAGAAUGCAGAAACACAUUGAUUCGAAGAUUAAUGACAUUGUUAAAAGGGAGCUGAACACAGUGCUGGCUCAAUCGAAAAAAACCCCAUCGAAUUGGGAAAAAGCAGCAAAAAUAGAUUCCGAUCGGAAGAGGAAGAGUGCUUCUGCUUCGAAUCCAUCUAGAACAACAGAUCGUUCCGAGAAGCACAAGAAGAAGACGAAAAUGUCGUCAUCCUCAUCUUCCCGCGAUAAGGUUAGGGCUUCCCACAUCUUGAUAAAGCACGAGGGAUCCCGACGCAAGGCUUCCUGGAAGGAUCCCGAAGGCCGCGUCAUCAGUAGCACCACGCGCGACGCCGCUGUUUCCCAGCUCAAAGCCCUCCGCGAUAGCAUUGUUUCUGGUGAGGCUAAGUUUGAGGACGUCGCCGCUACUCACUCUGACUGCAGCUCUGCCAAGCGCGGCGGAGAUCUCGGGCCUUUUGGGAAAGGACAGAUGCAGAAGCCUUUUGAAGAAGCUACAUUUGCCCUGAGGGUUGGUGAGAUAAGCGACAUUGUGGAUACUGACAGUGGAGUUCACAUCAUAAAGAGGACUGGUUGA